UUUUUUCGUUUGGCGUGGUUUAACCUCUAUCAGCGAACGAGGGGAUGCGAACGCGGCGACGCUAUGGGACCAAAGAAAGCCAAGGCGAAGAAGAAGUCAACAGGGGGCGACAAAGCCGAUGAGAAGGUGGACAAUGUCGACGGUCCGCUACCAGCCGAGCCUGCCUUGGCGAUGCCUAGCGAUGAAGAGUGGGUUACGUUGGACUUAAAGCUUCUCAAUUGGAAAUUUUUGGAUUUCAAGCAUCGGGUAAGAACAACAACACACAUCUUCACGAUCAAGAACCUGCUGCUGGAGCAUCACGGGCGGGUAGCUGACCUCAUCGUCUGCAAGGAGGCCUUCACGGAAGCCAACGAGCUCAAAGACGAGAUGCAGACCCUGAAAGGCUACGGCAUCAAGGGGGCGCCCCGCGGAGUAGACCCUCCGGUGAUGGUGCCGCUAUUUUACGACUUCAAGCCGAUCGCGUACGACGAACCUUUGCUAUUGGUGUGGAAUCGGUGACACAUGCUACGAACAAGAAUCCUUUGGGGAGGGCAUACGCUGGCAGACAGACAUCAUGUCGUUCGCUUGGCGGAACCAAUGAAGACAAUACACCCGUCCGAUCUGGCAGGUUGUAAAAUGCGAAAAAGAAUUGCUUCAGACUACAACGGUAGUCCAAACGUUUAGGCGAAUAGAGGUGCAGUACAACGAGUGUUACUUACUUUAUGGGGCGAUUUGCAGCACACAAGAUACACCAUCUUGGGUCAAAACUUUGCCGAGCUAGGCGGGACCGAUGGUAGAUGCUAGGGCAGUCAUGCCUCCCGUUGGUUGGCCGUAAUCGCUUGGAAACUACCCUAUUUUUGGCGGUGUUUGGUUUUGCUUCAUACCCGACGGCUCUCUCUCGCACCAACAUAUCUU